CCUGCUGAUGCUCAAAUAGUUGCGGCAAAGAAAGUUAUCAUCUUUUCACAUUACCAGCAGUCAUGUGCAACAGGAUGAUACGCAAGAGAAAAGGCGCUGGUGUUUACCUGGCUGCAGCUGUUAUUCUGACGUGUUAUUUUGCGCAAACUUUAGACUGUUAUCGUCUGAAGAAAACAGAAAGACGAGAAGGGAGAAAAGAUGCCGAUGCAACAAAUGGGUUCCAAGAGGGGACAAUUGUUUUCGGGAGAGCUUUUGAAAAAGGGUCAGGUCUUGAUUCUCAAGUCACAGACGGGACCAAUAAAUCAUCCUCAAACGCUUAUGAGGAGGAUGAAGGUGAUUAUCAAGCAGACGCUGCAGGUUGGAUGAGCCCAACACAAGUGGCCAGUCCCCAAGACUCAUCAUGGAAGAGCAUGUCGCCCUCACUGCAGUGUGGUUCGGGCCAGUUGAAGUUCAGAGCGGUGGAACCAGGAGCAUCACAAUUUGCAGUAGAACAAGGAAAUGCACCUCCAAUGCCUCUGUCCCAGGUCCCGUCUACCUGUGGCUACAGCAUGCAGAGGAACUCACAUGCACUUGUCAUGUUGGUUCCCUAUGAUGGCUGCAACAUGGUUCAAGAGGGUGGAAGUUAUGUACUCCCGAUGCGUUGGCAAGGAAUUCCAGUAUCUCUCUCUGGUGUUCCAAACCUGCCUCACCUCCUGCCUCACCUACUGCUGCAACUCCUGCUUCCAAGACAACUUUCCCCAAUUCCCCUGUAGCUCAAUACCCUGAUAUACCUCA